CUUGACAGCCUGGAAAGGCAAAUGCGCCAGGAGAUCGACCGACUGGGUGGUAACCCCAGCUUGAUGAAGAUUGUCGACCUUCUGAGCGUCGACCGAUCGAAACUCGUGCACUGAGACCCCGGAUGUAUUUUAUCACUAUAGGGAUGAUUGAAACAACUAGCAGUCUCUGUCCGGAGAAGGCCUCCCCGGGGUGUUCGAGGUGAGUGAGAUAUCUCACCAUGAGACAGGCGCGUCUUCGCGGUCAAAAGGAGCGCGUCUCCCUCUUUUCUAAAGUUUCGCUUUCCGUUUUUCCGCAUACCAUCACCCUCACUUCACCUUCAACGAUGUCUUCUGCUAUGACCUCUUCGACCUCUACUUCCUACAUUUACUAUCAGCCCGGAGACGUACUCGCUGGUCGGUACACCAUCCAGAAGAUCAUCGGAAAAGGCAGCUUCGGCGCCGUCUACCGCGCCGCGGACAACCUCAUCCUCGGCGCCUCUGUCGCUCUCAAGGUGCAGCGCAAGAAACCGAAUGGAGACCACGACCACAAGCGGCUGCGCCGCGAACACAACAUCCACGCUCGUCUCUCCCUCCACCCAAACGUCGUCGCCUUCCUCGGCAUGCUCGAAACCCCUAAUGCCCUUUGCUUCGUCCUGGAGUACAUGCACAACGGCGACCUCCAAUCCAUCAUCGGCAAGGAGGUCUACCUCGGCCGGACCGACCUCAUCAAGCGGUGCUUCCUUCAACUCGUGGACGCGGUAGCCCAUUGCCACGCCCACGGCGUCUACCACCGCGACAUCAAGCCGGCCAACAUCCUCGUGUCGGACGAUUACCAGUCGUGGCUCCUCACCGACUUUGGCCUCGCCGCGAUAUCGCCCUCUGGUACGAGCGGCACCGGGACGAAUCAGUUCAUGGCGCCGGAAGCGCUGGGUGCGCCGGAGUUCUCGACAGGAUACGUGUGGAACGACAGCGCGGACAUCUGGGCUCUCGGCAUCACCCUCAUUGCCGUCACCACGGGCCUCACACCGUGGAGCAAGGCGGAUCGUACCGACAGGGGUUUCGUGGACUUCCUCACCAACCCCUCCGCCGCGCUCGACGAGUGCCACAUCUCGCCCACCCUCCGCGACCUCCUCCUCGACGUCUUCUCCAUUCACCCCCUCGAACGCCCCACCCUCGUCGAGUUUGCUGCACGACUCCGAGGGAUCCGCACCUUUUACGCCGGCUUCGACGAUGAGACGACGGACGCGAUGGAUGCGGCGACCGAGGAUCAACAGGCUAGCGACUUCAACGCGGGGGACGCCCCGCCAGUGCUUGUCGUCACAGCGCCCCAGGCGCCCGACGAGCCCCACUAUUGUCGCGCGCCCCUCCUCGGUCACACGCCUCGCUUCACCUACGAAUCCGUCCCUGCGCUGGCGCACGGAUCGACCUCGGAGCAGAGCACCGCCAUCAUCACCCCGGAGACGUUCCCCACCCUCCCCUCCUUUGACGUCCCGACCUUCGCGCUGGACGACGAGUGUGAGCCGACGAAGUCAUACCUCCCGGACACCGACAAAGUACCCGGACUGGCGGCCAUAUUGGGGGAGGGCGCGGUCGAGGUCGGCUGUCUUCCAUCGUCGGACAAGUGGUCGCGCAAUGAGGACCUCUGGAGGAUUGGCAUCGAGCGCCACUGGGACAUCGUCCUGUCAUGAUUGGUUUGUGGGAGUGGUGGUCUUGAUUUUUCUUGAUUUCUCAUGGA